UAAAAGUCCAAGAUGGCGUCCUCCAUGGGUGGAAUGUUCCCGGGACAACAGCAGCAGCAGCCUCCCGGCGCUCAUCCGCCUCCUCCCGGUCCCGGAGCUUCGGGAAAUAGAGCUUCGGGCAACACUUUAGUCGACGAUCUGGAAGCUUCUUUCGAAGCAUGUUUUGCAUCUUUAGUCAGCCAAGACUAUGUGAACGGGACAGACCAAGAGGAAAUCAGAACAGGAGUUGAUCAGUGCAUACAGAAGUUUCUUGACGUCGCCAGACAGACCGAAUGCUUUUUUCUUCAAAAGAGGCUGCAGUUGUCGGUACAGAAACCAGAGCAGGUGGAGAAGGAGGACAUAUCGGAGUUGAGGAACGAGCUCCAGAGGAAGGAAAUGUUGAUCCAGAAGCACCUGACCAAGAUUCAUCACUGGCAGCAGGUGUUGGAGGACAUUAACGUCCAGCACAAGAAGCCUACAGAGCUACCCCAGGGGCCUCUGGCCUUUUUAGAGCAAGCCUCUGCCAAUCUGCCUGCUCCCAUGAAACCCAACUGAGCAGUGACUCUGCUAGUGUGUGGCAUUAUUGCAGGAUGUUUUAAUGCUACAUUGACUUUAUUAUUAAUCCAGUGCUCUUAUUGGCUCUUAUUGGCAGUCAGACAGGGUAAGUCAUUAACGGAGGUUUAAUAGGCGUGGUGAAAUUUCUCAGCUCAUUUUUUUUUCUGGAGUCAAGAUUCUGUGAAUACAAAAUUCUGUAUACAAACUAAACAUCACGUGGGUUCAAGUUUACGAUCGGAAAGUCUCAUGUGGAACUUCUCUUUUUGUCUUGUGUCAAAUAAAUGACUUUUGUAGUU